UAUUUAUAGAUGGCGAUGACAAGUGAUGUGUGCUCUAAAGACCAUUGACCGCGUAAGGAAUAGUAUUAAUAAAAAGCUUAUAGGUCAAUCACCCCAUGUGUCCUCUAAUCAGUGCAUUUUCAAAGUGCCUAAUGAACUGGGAAGCGUUAAUGAAAAGGCAUAUGAACCGCAGAUAAUUGCAAUUGGUCCUUCAUCACCAUGGUAAACCUCAUUUGAUUGCCAUGGAAGAGCACAAAAUACGAUAUCUUCGUAGCUUCCUUCAACGAAGAAAUGAGAAUGAUGUAUCAAGAUGGCAAUUGAAGACCCACUAACGAUUCGUAUUAAUAAAAAGCUUAGAGACCAAUGUCAUGUAUCCUCUGAUUGUUGCAUUUUUAAAGUGCCUAGUGAUCUACGAAGCGUGAAUGAAAAGGCAUAUGAACCGCAGAUGAUUGCAAUUGGUCCAUAUCACCACGGUAAAGAUCAUUUAAUUGCCAUGGAAGAGCACAAAAUACGAUAUCUCCAAAGCUUCCUUCGAGGAGGAGAUAAGAAUGACGUAUCAAGGUAUGUCCAGCUCAUAAGAGGAUUAGAAGAAAGUGCUCGUAAAUGUUAUGCAGAACCUUUUUGUCUUCCGGGAGAUGCAUUUGUAGAAAUGUUGCUUCUUGAUGGUUGCUUUAUUAUUGAGUUUAUAUUCAAAUUGGCUGCCCGUGAUGUAGAAGACCCUAUUAUAGGUUCGGAUCAUAAAUUGAGAGGGGUAAUGCUGGACCUGUUAUUACUUGAAAAUCAACUUCCAUUCUUCAUACUUCGGGAGUUGCUUGUCACGAGAGCUGUGAUUCAAAACCCAGAAAACAACUUCAUUGGACUGAUCUUGUCGGUCUAUGACAGUUAUCUACCAGGCCCUGGGUGUGAUCCAUUUCCAUGUCAUAUAUACACUCCAGAAGAGAUGACGCAAAUCAAGAAUCUACUGGGAUUACUACAUGACUACUGGAAACCUUCCCGUGCAAGAAUAGAGGCUUAUUCGGAACAGAGAGAACAUGUGCAAAAAUUUAUACGCUGUGCCACAGAGCUCAAAGAGGCAGGGAUUAAGUUCAAGAGUGUUAAGGGAUGUAACUUGUUCGAUAUAAAGUUUGAACACGGAAGAUUUGAAAUCCCAAAAAUAGAAAUUGCAGAUAAUACAGAGCUUGUCUUGCUUAAUCUCAUCGCCUAUGAGCAGUUGACUUCUUACGAAAAUCCAUAUUACUUCACUGAUUAUAUGGUAUUCAUGGAUUGCCUCAUCGAUUCUGCAAAGGAUGUGGAGCUACUUUGUCGCCGGGAGAUCAUUGUAAACAGGUUGGGUGACGAUGAAACACUUGCAACUCUAUUCAACAAGAUUGGGAAAUAUGUCGUCCGCAAUAGAGUUCUCUACGCUGAUAUAGCGAAAAAGGUAGACGAACAUUGCAAAAAGAGAAGGAAUCUGUGGAUGGCCAAGUUAAGGCAUGAUUAUUUUAACACCCCAUGGGCUCUCAUUUCUGUUUUGGCAGCUAUAAUGCUGCUCCUUCUCACCUGGACUCAAACUGUGUAUUCAGUUCUUUCUUAUUAUAAAUAAAUGCCAUGUUUCUG